AUGACCAAUCUCUUGAGAAGUGUUGUCACCGUAAUUGAUACUUUCUACAAAUACACCAAACAGGAUGGGGAGUGUGGCACACUGAGCAAGGAUGAACUAAAGGAACUUCUGGAGAAAGAGUUUCGUCCAAUUCUGAAGAACCCAGAUGAUCCAGACACAGUGGAUAUCAUCAUGCAUAUGCUGGACCGAGAUCAUGACCGAAGACUGGACUUUACUGAGUUUCUUCUGAUGGUAUUCAAACUGGCUAUGGCCUGCAACAAGGUUCUCAGCAAAGAAUACUGCAAAGCUUCAGGGUCAAAGAAGCACAGGCAUAGUCGCCGACACCGAGAGGAAGAAAGUGAAACAGAAGGCGAAGAAGAGGAUACAUCAGGACAAAACUCAGGUUACAGAUAUUCAAGUUGGAGUGAGGGAGAGGAGCAUGGUUAUAGUUCUGGGGGCUCUAGGGGAACUCCAAAACACAGACAGGGGUCCGGCUCCAGAAGGCUGAGAAGGCAAGGUGGUUUAUCUAGCUCAGAGAACCAAAAGGGAUCUGAAAAAAGGCGCCAUGGGUCCAGCUCUGGUUACUCAUGGAGUAAUGGCAAAGAAAGGCAUGGUUCCAGCUCUGGAGAACUGGAGGGAAAAAGAAACAAGUCACAUGUUAGCCCCUCUAGGGUAUCUGGGGAUGAAUACAAGUCUGGAUGUGGUAGAUGGAGAGGUCAUGGUGGUCUGUCAUAUGAAUAUGAAUCAAACUCUACUCAGUCAAGUUAUGCAGGACAAAAACAUGAGUCUAGCUCUAAAUGUUCAGGAGAUGGUGGGAGGGAAAGUCAUGCAUGUGGUUCCAGCAAUUCAGGUGGGUGUGGAAGACGAAAUACCACUUCUAGUUCUUGUCAGGCAGGUAGAUUUGGAGAGCAAGGAAACCAGUCUAGCUAUACACAAUCAGGUUAUCAAUCAGGAAGUAGUGGAGAAGGUCAUAGAUGUAUCUCAGGAGGUUGGGCCUCUGGAUAUGGUCAACAUGAGCCUAGCUCCUGUAGCCAGUCUACUAGGCAGAAAGGAUAUGGAUCUAGAACAUGUGGUCAACCACAGAAUUGUGGAGGACAACAGGGAAAAGGUUCAUGUCAGUCCUCUUGUUGUGGACAAUAUGGGUCAGGAGUAAGUCAGUCUUCUACUUAUAGUCAACAUGGAUCUGGUUCCUGUGGAUACUCUUCAAACUCUCAUCAAAAGAGGUGUAGUUCAAAUGAAACUUCUAAAUGUGGUCAACAUAGAUCCAGCUCAGGUCAAUAUUCUGGCUUUGGCCAACAUGGGUCAGGCUCAGGUCAGUACUCUGGCUUUGGACAUUGUGGAUGUGGCUCAGGUCAGGCCUCUGGCUUUGGACACCAUGAGUCUACAUCAGGACAGGCUUGCUAUGGUCAACAUGGGUCAGGCUCAUGUCAGUACUCUGGUGAGGGACAAUAUGGAUCAGGCUCAGCUCAAUCCUCAGGCUUUGGACACCAGAAGUCUAUAUCAGGACAGUCUACUUGUGGCCAACAUGGAUCUGGUUCAGGUCAAUCCUCGGGCUUUGGCCAAGCUGGUUCAAGCUCUGGUCGGUCCUCGGGCUUUGAACACCAUGAAUGUAGAUCACAGCAGUCUGCCUAUGGCCAUCAUGAAUUGGGCUCAGGACAACCAUCUGGCUUUGGCCAACAUGGGUCAAGUUCAAGUCAGGCUUCUGGCUUUGGACAACAUAGAUCAGGGUCAUGUCAGUCCUCUAGUAAUAGUGAAAGGCAUUCAGAAGUCUCACAGAGACACUCAAGAUCUGCUCAAGGGCAGGCUGGAUCUCAACAUGGAGAGUCAGGAGCCACAGUGAGAGGGAGACUUGGAACUGCUCAUGGACAGUCAGAAGACACAACCAGAUAUGGCCACUCUAGUCAGGGACAUUCUGCUCAGACAGGGUCCAGUCAGGUGCGAGGAAGGCAAUUCAGUCACAGUGAGGCUAGCAGCAGUGAAAGGCAUUCAGAAGUCUCAGAGAGACACUCAGGAUCCACUCAUGGGCAGGCUGGAUCUCAACAUGGAGAGUCAGGAGCCACAGUGAGGGGAAGACACAGAACUGCUCAUGGAGAGUCGGGAGACACCACCAGAUAUGGCCAGUCGAUCCAGGGACAAUCUACACGGUCAGGGUCCAAUCAGGCAGGAAGACGGGGAUCCAGUCACAGUGAGGCUAGUGACAGUGAAAGGCAUUCAGAAGUCUCAGAGAGACACUCAGGAUCCACUCAUGGGCAGGCUGGGUCUCCACAUGGAGAGUCAGGAGCCACAGUGAGAGGGAGACACGGAACUGCUCAUGGAGAGUCGGGAGACACCACCAGACAUGGCCAUUCGAGUCAGGGACAAUCUACACGGUCAGGGUCCAGUCAGGCGGGAAGAAGGGGAUCCAGCCACAGUGAGGCUAGCGACAGUGAAAGGCAUUCAGAAUUCUCAGAGAGACACUCAGGAUCCACUCAUGGGCAGGCUGGAUCUCAACAUGGAGAGUCAGGAACCACAGUGAGAGGGAGACACGGAACUGCUCAUGGAGAGUCGAGAGACACCACCAGAUAUGGCCAGUCGAGCCAGGGACAAUCUACACGGUCAGGGUCCAGUCAGGCAGGAAGACGGGGAUCCAGUCACAGUGAGGCUAGCGACAGUCAAAGGCAUUCAGAAGUCUCAGAGAGACACUCAGGAUCCACUCAUGGGCAGGCUGGAUCUCAACAUGGAGAGUCAGGAGCCACAGUGAGGGGAAGACACAGAACUGCUCAUGGACAGUCAGGAGACACCACCAGACAUGGCCAUUCUAGCCAGGGACAAUCUACACGGUCAGAGUCCAGUCAGGCAGGAAGACGGGGAUCCUGUCACAGUGAGGCUAGUGACAGUGAAAGACAUUCAGAAGUCUCAGAGAGACACUCAGAAUCCACUCAUGGGCAGGCUGGAUCUCAACAUGGAGAGUCAGGAGCCACAGUGAGGGGAAGACACAGAACUGCUCAUGGAGAGUCGGGAGACACCACCAGACAUGGCCACGCCAGUCAGGGGCAAUCAACACGGUCAGGGUCCAGUCAGGCAGGAAGAUGGGGAUCCAGUCACAGUGAGGCUAGUGACAGUGAAAGGCAUUCAGAAGUCUCAGAGAGACACUCAGGAUCCACUCAUGGGCAGGCUGGGUCUCCACAUGGAGAGUCAGGAGCCACAGUGAGAGGGAGACUUGGAACUGCUCAUGAGCAGUCAGGAGACACCACCAGACAUGGCCACACUAGUCAGGAACAAUCUACACGGUCAGGGCCCAGUCAGGCAGGAAGACGGGGAUCCAGUCACAGUGAGGCUAGUGACAGUGAAAGGCAUUCAGAAGUCUCAGAGAGACACUCAGGAUCCACUCAUGGGCAGCCUGGGUCUCCACAUGGAGAGUCAGGAGCCACAGUGAGAGGGAGACACGGAACUGCUCAUGGAGAGUUGGGAGACACCACCAGAUAUGGCCAUUCUAGCCAGGGACAAUCUACACGGUCAGGGUCCAGUCAGGCAGGAAGACAGGGAUCCAGUCACAGUGAGGCUAGUGACAGUGAAAGGCAUUCAGAAGUCUCACAGAGACACUCAGGAUCCACUCAUGGGCAGGCUGGAUCUCAACAUGGAGAGUCAGGAGCCACAGUGAGGGGAAGACACAGAACUGCUCAUGGACAGUCAGGAGACACCACCAGACAUGGCCAUUCUAGCCAGGGACAAUCUACACGGUCAGCGUCCAGUCAGGCAGGAAGACGGGGAUCCUGUCACAGUGAGGCUAGCGACAGUGAAAGGCAUUCAGAAUUCUCAGAGAGACACUCAGGAUCCACUCAUGGGCAGGCUCGGUCUCCACAUGGAGAGUCAGAAGCCACAGUGAGAGGGAGACAGGGAACUGCUCAUGGACAGUCAGGAGACACCACCAGACAUGGCCAGUCGAGCCAGGGACAAUCUACACGGUCAGGGUCCAGUCAGGCAGGAAGACGGGGAUCCAGUCACAGUGAGGCUAGCGACAGUCAAAGGCAUUCAGAAGUCUCAGAGAGACACUCAGGAUCCACUCAUGGGCAGGCUGGAUCUCAACAUAGAGAGUCAGGAGCCACAGUGAGGGGAAGACACAGAACUGCUCAUGGACAGUCAGGAGACACCACCAGACAUGGCCAUUCUAGCCAGGGACAAUCUACACGGUCAGAGUCCAGUCAGGCAGGAAGACGGGGAUCCUGUCACAGUGAGGCUAGUGACAGUGAAAGACAUUCAGAAGUCUCAGAGAGACACUCAGAAUCCACUCAUGGGCAGGCUGGAUCUCAACAUGGAGAGUCAGGAGCCACAGUGAGGGGAAGACACAGAACUGCUCAUGGAGAGUCGGGAGACACCACCAGACAUGGCCACGCCAGUCAGGGGCAAUCAACACGGUCAGGGUCCAGUCAGGCAGGAAGAUGGGGAUCCAGUCACAGUGAGGCUAGUGACAGUGAAAGGCAUUCAGAAGUCUCAGAGAGACACUCAGGAUCCACUCAUGGGCAGGCUGGGUCUCCACAUGGAGAGUCAGGAGCCACAGUGAGAGGGAGACUUGGAACUGCUCAUGAGCAGUCAGGAGACACCACCAGACAUGGCCACACUAGUCAGGGACAAUCUACACGGUCAGGGUCCAGUCAGGCAGGAAGACGGGGAUCCUGUCACAGUGAGGCUAGCGACAGUGAAAGGCAUUCAGAAUUCUCAGAGAGACACUCAGGAUCCACUCAUGGGCAGGCUCGGUCUCCACAUGGAGAGUCAGAAGCCACAGUGAGAGGGAGACAGGGAACUGCUCAUGGACAGUCAGGAGACACCACCAGACAUGGCCAUUCUAGUCAGGGACAAUCUACACGGUCAGGGUCCAGUCAGGCGGGAAGAAGGGGAUCCAGCCACAGUGAGGCUAGUGACAGUGAAAGGCAUUCAGAAGUCUCAGAGAGACACUCAGGAUCCACUCAUGGGCAGGCUGGAUCUCAACAUGGAGAGUCAGGAGCCACAGUGAGGGGAAGACACAGAACUGCUCAUGGAGAGUCGGGAGACACCACCAGACAUGGCCAUGCCAGUCAGGGGCAAUCUACACGGUCAGGGUCCAGUCAGGCAGGAAGACGGGGAUCCAGUCACAGUGAGGCUAGUGACAGUGAAAGGCAUUCAGAAGUCUCAGAAAGACACUCAGGAUCCACUCAUGGGCAGGCUGGGUCUCCACAUGGAGAGUCAGGAGCCACAGUGAGAGGGAGACUUGGAACUGCUCAUGAGCAGUCAGGAGACACCACCAGACAUGGCCACACUAGUCAGGGACAAUCUACACGGUCAGGGUCCAGUCAGGCAGGAAGACGGGGAUCCAGUCACAGUGAGGCUAGUGACAGUGAAAGGCAUUCAGAAGUCUCAGAGAGACACUCAGGAUCCACUCACGGGCAGCCUGGGUCUCCACAUGGAGAGUCAGGAGCCACAGUGAGAGGGAGACACGGAACUGCUCAUGGAGAGUCGGGAGACACCACCAGAUAUGGCCAGUCGAUCCAGGGACAAUCUACAUGGUCAGGGUCCAGUCAGACAGGAAGACGGGGAUCCAGUCACAGUGAGGCUAGUGACAGUGAAAGGCAUUCAGAAUUCUCAGAGAGACACUCAGGAUCCACUCAUGGGCAGGCUGGAUCUCAACAUGGAGAGUCAGGAGCCACAGUGAGGGGAAGACACAGAACUGCUCAUGGACAGUCAGGAGACACCACCAGACAUGGCCAUUCUAGUCAGGGACAAUCUACACGGUCAGGGUCCAGUCAGGCGGGAAGAAGGGGAUCCAGCCACAGUGAGGCUAGCGACAGUGAAAGGCAUUCAGAAGUCUCAGAGAGACACUCAGGAUCCACUCAUGGGCAGGCUGGGUCUCCACAUGGAGAGUCAGGAGCCACAGUGAGAGGGAGACAGGGAACUGCUCAUGGACAGUCAGGAGACACCACCAGACAUGGCCAUUCUAGCCAGGGACAAUCUACACGGUCAGAGUCCAGUCAGGCAGGAAGACGGGGAUCCUGUCACAGUGAGGCUAGUGACAGUGAAAGACAUUCAGAAGUCUCAGAGAGACACUCAGAAUCCACUCAUGGGCAGGCUGGAUCUCAACAUGGAGAGUCAGGAGCCACAGUGAGGGGAAGACACAGAACUGCUCAUGGAGAGUCGGGAGACACCACCAGAUAUGGCCAUUCUAGUCAGGGACAAUCUACACGGUCAGGGUCCAGUCAGGCAGGAAGACAGGGAUCCAGUCACAGUGAGGCUAGUGACAGUGAAAGGCAUUCAGAAGUCUCAGAGAGACACUCAGGAUCCACUCAUGGGCAGGCUGGGUCUCCACAUGGAGAGUCAGGAGCCACAGUGAGAGGGAGACACCAAACUGCUCAUGGGCAGUCAGGAGACACCUCCGAACAUGUGCACUCUCGUCAGGGACUAUCCACAUGGUCAAACAAACAGUCAAGUCACACUCAUGCCCAUUUUGGUAAACGUCAUUCUACAUCACAGAUUAGUGGCAGACAAAGACAUAGAUCAGAUCAAGCCUGGAGACAUGGCAGUUAUGGGAGUGCCGAAUAUGACUAUGGGCAGUCUGGUUAUGGACCUUCUGGUGGUAGCAGAACAAGCAGUCGUAAUUCUAGUCCUUUUAGGUCAACAGACCGAGCUACCACUAAGCGAACAUCUAGUCAUGGACCAUCAAUUUCUAGUUUUGACUAUAUGGGAUCAAAAGCAACUGACAAAAUAGGAAGACAAGAUUCAAGUCCUGGGCAAUCAGAGAUAAGUAAUGGGCAGUCAAUUUAUUCCCAUAAUCACUCUGGAUUUUGUACAACUGGAGGACAGGGAUCUAGUCAUAGACAUUCAAUCACAACUCAGGAACAGUCAAGAGAUAUUCAUGUUCAGUCCGGAAGGUUGGGGUCUACUCAUAGCAGUCAGCUUAGUAACCACUCUGCAUCUGACCAUGGAAAACCCUUAUCAGCCCACAGCCAUUCAGAUUCUAGUUCAACUAGAAGUCAAAGAUCCCAUAGUGAUAGUAAGGGAUACUGGGGGGAAAAGAUUCAUGAACAGUCAGAAUUGAGGCAUAGACAAUCAGAGUUCAAUACAACAGAUGUACAUGAAUCCAGCCAGCAGCACUUAGGAGAUUCAUAUUCUCAUGAGCUGGUAAGAUCCAGCACAAAUUUAGCAGCACAGGGUUCCUGUGAUGGACAAUCAGGACAUAUCCAGGGUCAGUCUGGAUUCAGCACCAACGAAAGACAAGUAUUUAAUAACAGCCAGUCAAGGGACAGCUAUGGGCAGUCAAGUGGCAGUCACUCACUUGAUAGCCAAGCCCCUUUGGGAAUUGAAGAAAAUAGUUUUAGGUAUUUAUCAAGCAAUGUAACCACAUGGAGUGGGGAAAGGCAAAAGCAAGAGUCUGGAUCAAGUCCAUCAGGUACCAUGAGAAAAUACAAUCAGGAUGUUGAUGAUAAGCAGACAAGAGACUCUGAGGUCAGAGGUUACCAUGGAAGAGAGAGAACAGAUUCAGGUUCCUUUUACUUAGAUAGCAAUACCCCACUCUAUGAAUAUAUCAAAGAACAAAGGUGCUAUUACUUUGAAUAA